CGUACGGGGGAGACUCUGUCCGCGUACAGGGGAAAUUCCCGGUCCGUUCGGCGGUCUGUCGGCGGCGCCGCGACCCGGUCCAAAUUGGCGGUUGGUCGCGAGGCGUGACACAUAGGUAUACUGAAAUGCAGGUUGCAGCAGAAGAUCGAUCGAUUGCUGUGGAUUAUUUCACUUUCUCACCAAGCAUUGCUGAUUUUCUGCGAUCAGCAUCUCUUAUCAUCAACCAUGCAGGUUCAGGGAGCAUAUUCGAGACAUUGCGGUUCGGUAAGCCAUUAAUUGUGGUGGUGAAUGAGGAUUUGAUGGACAACCAUCAGAGCGAGUUAGCGGAGGAACUUGCAGCAGACCGGAAGCACCUCUUCUGUGCCCGCCCCCAGACACUUUGCGAGAUCAUCGAUGCCAUGGAUUUGGAAUCUCUCGUUCCUUACAUGCCUGGAGAUGCGCUGCCUGUUGCUAGGUUAAUCGACAAUUUCCUUGGAUUCCGUACUGAUCGAUGAAUGAUGAUCGAGUGUUUAUCUCUAAACAAGGCGGCGUAAACAAUCCCAACGCGGUGCUCCGAAUAGCCUCAGGAGCUGGUGUUAUCUACUGCGGAGAAAGAGCUUGCGGGGGUCGGCAAUUAGAACUUCACCAACCCGCUGCCUAAAAUUGAAUCCACAGCGAAAGAUUUUGAUGCCAGAAUAAUAGUGGUCUUGUUUUUUUUUUUUUUUGUUUUUUUUUUUCCCUCUCUCUUCCCAGUUUGUAUCACUGCCGAGAUCUAUUAAAACGCUUCACAAGCAAGCGAAUUUGAGUCAAUUUCGAAUUCAGUGCGUGGGCUGUUAGUGGGUCCAUUUUUGUCUGGGCUCCGUGGAGGUCCAUUUGAUUGACUCUUA